AUGACGGACCUCCUCCCUAUGCAACAGCGCCAGAACGGGGAAGGGUCUGGAGUACACGAAGGAGGUCCCCGGAAUGGUAUGUCCUUCGCAGGCCUCUCCGAGGCCAUUCGGACUGUCCGUCCCCAGAGACUCCAAGCUAGGAAGAACCACAAGAACAAACACAAGCCCCGACAGCAGAAGUCAUUGUGCUCGACCACCGAUACCCACAGAGGGACGCAACUCAAGACGCAGACGCCAUCUACGCAGCAUAUUCGAGAGAGGCUAUCCCAAAAUUAA